AUAAUUUAAAUCCUAGUGUGACAUGCCCUGAAAACCUUGUCAUGAGUACAGAAAUGAGUCAAGCUACAGUGACCUGGAAUGACCCAACAGUCAGUGACAAUGUUGAUACUGGUCUGUCAGCUACAUGUACUCCAUCUCCUGGUUCUUCAUUUAAUGCUGGUGCAGCUACAAAUGUUACUUGUUCUGCUACUGAUGCUGCUAAAAAUGAAGGCAGUUGUAUGUUUGUUGUCGGUGUUGUUGGUAAUUGUAAUUCAUCAUCAAUACCUGGUUACCUGAUAGCGGUAGUAGUAAUUCUUUGUUUAAUCAUCCUGCUGAUGUCUCCAGCAUUAAUCUUCUUUUGCAGGUUCUAUUAUUCUCAGAAGAACAGGAAAAUGGAGCAUUCCACAGGGAUGAACAUGACUGAUUAUGAAGUACCAAAAAAGACAAAUGCGCCGGGUGAUACAGAGUACGAAAUCACCCUGCCGACUAUUGCUGAUGAUGAUGCAGCACUGCCUAAGAUGGAAUCACAGAGGAAAGAUAAUUCAGCUUAUGAAGAGCCACACACGUACAUGUCAGUAGAUCCAGCAUAUACUGACCUGAAGAAGUAGUGUGUUUACAAUAGCC